GCAUAUAAAACGAGAGCGAGGCUCCUCUCUCAAGGCCUCUUCCCUUAAACCCUAAAACGGUGUUCUUAGGGUUUUUGCUGCAGAUAGCUCCAUCUCCUCUUGAGGUUUUUCUGCAGGCAUUCAUUUUUAAAGUUCUAUAUUUAUCAUAUAUCAAUUUGGCAUUCACUUAAAUCGACAUGGGCAAAUCCAGCAAGAAGUCCAACACUCCGGUUGCUGCAACUCCCAUGGCAAUUUCACCAGUGAAAUCUGUGAAGAAGGGAAAGAGGCAUCCAGAGCCUAUUGAGAAACAAUCUGCUGCCAAAAAGCUGAAGAGAGAAGUAGAGGAAGCAGUCGAGAAGCAGAAGAGUGGCAAGAAGUCAAAAGCUUCUUUUGAGGUGGCACCAAAGAAGAAGCCUGAAACCAGCAGUUCCGAGGAUGUAUCUUCGUCCGAGUCGGAAGAGGAGGUUAAAGUGCCACCCAAAAAGGACAAAAAACCAACAAAGACACCUGUGAAAGAACCCAGCAGUAGUGAGGAAUCUUCUUCUGAUGAGGAGCCUGCUGUUCCUGCAAAAAAACUGCCAGUUCCUGUCUCCAAGAACGGUACUCUGACUAAGAAAGCAAAGCCAGUGAGCAGCUCCGAAAGCGAUUCAGAUGAGGAAAAGCCUGCUGUUCCUGCAAAAAAAUUAUCAGUUCCCGUCUCCAAAAAUGGUGCUGUGACUAAGAAAGCAAAGCCAGCCAGCAGCUCAGAAAGUGAUUCAGAUGAGGAAGAUGAAGAUGAAGCAAAGGUUACUCUCCCAUCAAAAAAUUUGCCAGCUGCUGCUGCUAAGAAUGCUUCUGCUGCAGUUGCGAAGAAGAAACAAGAAUCAAGUGACAGUUCUGAUUCCGAUAGCAGCUCAGAUGAGGAUAAUAAAUUCGUUGCCAAAGUUCCUGCUGGAUCGAAGAAACCUGUCCCUGCACCUGCACCAACAUCAAAGAAGGAAGAAUCUAGUGAUAGUUCAGAUAGCGAUUCUGAAGACGAGGCACCUCCAGCCAAAGUUGCCGUUGCUGCAAAAAAACACCCUCUAGUGACUGAUACUAAAGAAUCCAAACAGAAAAAUGCUGUUCCCAAGAAAGAUGAUAGUUCUGAUGAAAGCUCCGAUGAUAGUUCCGAUGAAAGCGACGACGAGCCAGAAAAGAAGAAGUUGAAAGUUCCGGCCGAUGCAAAAGUUGUUAAAAAGGACAGCAGCAGUGAUGAAGAUGAGGAUGACAGCUCUGAUGACGAGGCUGUAAAGAAACAACAGAAAAAGUCAACUGUAGCUACGGAGAAAAGUAGCAGUUCAGAUGAGGAGUCUGAGGAAAGUGAGGAGGAAGAGUCUGCCAAGACUCCCAAGAAAAAGACGUUGCAACCGCAGGAUGGUGAUGUCAAAAUGGCAGAUGCCACAACGGCAAAGACCGAAAAGAAGGCACCUAAAACACCUGCAACUCCCGAUGCCCAGCCUUCUGGAUCAAAAACCCUAUUUGUUGGCAACUUAUCCUAUUCUGUUGAAAGAUCCGAUGUAGAGGAAUUCUUCAAAGCUGCUGGUGAAGUCGUUGAUGUCCGAUUUUCAUCAAGUGAAGAGGGUGCCUUCAAGGGAUUCGGCCAUGUUGAGUUUGCCACUGAGGCAGCAGCUCACAAGGCUCUUGAAUUGAAUGGUCAAGAACUAUUAGGUCGUGCUGUGAGGCUUGAUUUGGCCCGUGAGAGGGGUGCAUACACCCCACAAAGCGGCAAGGAGAGCAACUCUUACCAGAAGGGUGGUCAGACCCAAACCAUAUUUGUACGGGGUUUUGACAAAUCUCUUGAUGUGGAUGAGAUCCGCAGCAGUUUAGAAGAACAUUUCGGUUCCUGCGGGGAGAUCACAAGGAUUUCAGUUCCAAAGGAUUAUGACACCGGUGCUUCCAAGGGGUCAGCUUACCUAGAUUUCACAGAUGGUGAUAGUUUCUCCAAGGCCUUGGAACUUAACGGUUCGGAACUUGGGGAUUAUGCCUUGACAGUAGAGGAGGCAAGGCCAAGAAGUGACAACCGUGAAGGUGGUGGAUGGAGUGGUGGUGGCAGGAGCGGUGGUGGUAGAGGUGGCAGGAGUGGCGGUGGUAGAGGUGGCAGAGAUAGUGGUGGCCGAUUUGGAGGCCGACGUGGAGGCGGCCGAGGCGGUGGUCGUUUUGGUGGUGGUGGUUUUGGCGGUGGUAGGGGACGUGGAAAUAAACCAAGCAUGGGCGCAGCUGGUACAGGAAGGAAGACUACCUUUGAUGAUUGAGUAAGAGGAAGUCCGAAUCUCCUCUUUUUGGCAAAGAAAAUAUAAUUUUGUAGUAUUUUGACAAUUUUUUAUUUUGCUUUUAUUGGAUAUUGUCAGUUUUGACUUUUUUUUUGUUCUGCCAUCUGAUUUUGCCUUAUAUUAUAUUAUCUUUCAUUAGCGAAA